AUGCAGUGCGAAGCGCCGACAACCUGGGAGCCGACUCAAUUCGGUGCUAGAGCGCUGCAUGAGAGCCUUUACAACAGUGCGGAGGCUGCUCGUUCACGACCGGCUCUGCUCCGGCGCAAAAAUACCCUGGGCCAAUGGGGAGAAUGGCUUUGUUCCGGAGGGGUUGUGGCCAAUCCGUGGCUGGCACUGGAUGCAAUUAUCUCCACAUUCCGCCGGCCUGGUGGCAGCCGGUACAACACGAUCAUCAAGGGAGCCAACCUCGCCACCUUAACUGCCCAAUCCAGUAUCGACCCUCAAGAUUAGUGUUUUUCUCGUGCUGGUAUUGGACGGAAAAAAUCACCAUUUCCACGUCAGAGUGGUUGGCAUGUGUUGGAUCUAGAGAUCGAACUAAAAUCUCACACAAACCGGUGGCUAGCUUGGCAGUGCAUGUCCAGCAA